AUGGCAACCUCAACCCGAACCAUCACGCGGUCGCAGCCGGGAAAAGCGGAAGCGGCUGCUGCGACCACCGCCCCACCACCACCACCACCGGUCAAGAUUGAGACCAAGAAGUUGUCCCUGUUUGGUUAUCUGGAUAUGAUUCCAGGCUUGGCUGCGAUUGUCGCUACUGCUGUCGCGUCUUUGAUUACCGGGUUAUUCAGAAGCGAGCAAGACUCGAAAACGUAUUAUCUGCACGUUGCCAAUACCACCCUGCGCAAAGCGACGCAUCGGCUCAACCCGCUACAGCUACAGCUGGUUUCGCCCAACACCGACAUUAUUUACAACCAGUAUGCGCGCGCUAGAAAUUUCAAGCCCGACACUGUGGCUCUCGCUCACGGAGCCCAAGGACAUUGGGUGGGCAACAAGAAUGCUACCAACGUGUUCAUCUGGUACCACGGCGGCGGCUUCUGUCUGCCCGCCAACAUUGGCUAUUUCAAAUUCUUUGAGCGUCUUCUCAAGGAAAUCAACGCCGCGGGCGGCGACCUCUGCGUCUUCGCCGUCACUUACACGCUAGCGCCUCACGGCAGAUACCCCGUGCAGCUUACGCAGUCUGUCGAAGCCCUGCGCCAUGUACUCGAGCACACGGGCCGCUCUCCCGGCAACGUUCUUCUCGGCGGCGACUCUGCAGGCGGCAAUUUGGUGUUUGGCGUGCUCUCGCACCUCGCGCACCCGCAUCCCAGCAUCACCCCGCUGCACGUCUCGAAGCCCCUCGCCGGCGCUGCCGCAAUUGCGCCGUGGGUGUCUUUGCAUCCAGACUUGUCCGAGCAAGUCAUUUACGACGGCGGCGACAUUGUGACGACCUUUGUGGGCGAGUCGUGGUCGCGGGAGUUUAUGGGCGACGCAAAGCCCGACUACUACACGGACGCGUUUGACGCCCCGUCGAGCUGGUUUGAGACGUUUCCUGUCGACAAGAUGCUCAUGCUGGGCGGCGAGAAUGAAAUUUUGAUGCCCAUGAUUGAGUUGUUUUAUGAAACUGUAAAGGCCGGUCAUCCCAACGUGGAACUAUUCAAAGGAAAGCGGGAAUCUCACGUCGCUCCGAUUUACAACAUAUAUGUAGGCGACAACACAGAGACGGAGCAGGGCAAGAAGCUCAAGACUUGGCUGAUUGAAUUGCAGAAAUGA